AUGUUCCAGCCUCAGCCAACUCCGUAUUCUUCCUCUUAUGCUUCCUAUGGAAUUCACAUAGCCAACGCAGAAGUUCCCGAGUACGCCUUCCAGCCUACACCUUUGGCACAAUUCGGGACAGGACAUUCCGGUGGCAGCGGUGGUAGUGGUAAUCUUGGUGGUGCAGGUUUAGGCACAGUUCCAGGUGUUCCAGGUGUUCCAGGUGUCCCAGGUGGUGGAGGCAGACCAGCGACGACGGCCGACGUCUUUGCCUCGCAUAUAUUCCACAAUCCUAAUUCAUUAAUAUCUACUACUCCAGCCAACAUCCCAAACCAUCAUCUUCCUUACAACCACAGCAACUCACCAUUAACCCACAACCACCACCAAACUCGUCGCCAUAUCAAGAUGGAACCGCAACUCCAAACCGAACUUGCCCAGCAAGAGGCUGCAGCCCGCGAAUUCAAGCCUCAGUUAGAGGGUCCGUUAGUCGGCGAAAGAAGACUGAGCACAGCGAUUACCGAGGAAUAUGCUAAAGCAGAUCCCAUAUAUGUCGCCAAAACAUUGGCUCUGCCCCAGACUUAUUCCCACUACCGUCCGAUCCAAGGCGAUGGCAAUUGCGGUUGGCGAGCAAUCGCCUUCAGCUAUUUCGAGAUUCUGGUACAGCGCGGUGACGUACGUGAGAUUCAAGGUGAACUAGCCCGGUUGACUAGCUUCAACAACUACAUCGAGCAUGUCGGCGGCCAUAGCCCAUGGCUCUUCGAGGAUAUGGUGGCCGAAACAUUCGCACUAUUACAUUCUAUAGCCACUGCUAUAUCUGCCGGUGCAGACGCCAUGAGUCUGGUCAUGGAGAAGUUCAACAAUCCCGAGUCGUCGCAGUCUAUUGUUUACCACCAGCGCUUGAUUGCGUCUUCGUGGCUGAAGGGCCAUGCUGCUAACUACGAACCUUGGAUCUCCGGUACCAUCGAGAACUACAACCAAGAUACUAUCAUGCCCAUUGACAGGGAAAUUGAUCAUAUAGGUGUGGUACUACUUCACGACUUUCUGCUCAAGCCGGCUGGCAUCGUUCUCGAGAUUGCAUAUCUAGAUAGGAGCGAUGGGGUGGCAGUUAACGUACAUAGGAUGCCGGAAGAAGCCAACGGGGAGGAUCCCGCGUCUCUAGGGCCCAUGAUCUAUCUCCUAUAUCGUCCAGGCCACUACGAUAUCUUGUAUCGCGAUUCUGUGAUCCAACCUACACCUAUACAACCCCCUCCAACUACCCUAUCGAUUAACCGGGCAACGUCCUUCACACAUCAGCAUGAGAUCGAAAGCACCAUCCCUUCGCUUCCAGAUUUCGCGGCGGUAGAUAUGAGCGCGCUGGCUAUGAUACCCGGUUUUGGCGCUCCUGCCGAGAUGUCGCCAUUGGGAUCACCCCCAGCCGCUCCGUCUCCUCUGACGGACCCUUAUGCCGCUUCUCCACAAUCACCAUGGAUGCCACAGCCAUUUGCAGACGGGCUACCAGCCAGGCCUCCACCUCCUCAACCAAGUCCACCACAACAACAACCCACGACACCCAUGACGGUGCACCCUCUUCGCUUCAGCAAAUACAACUUCCCUGAUCUAGUAGAGACGAGUUUCCACGAACCCGCUUUCACAACCAACACUUUUAAGAACAGCCAUUUUAAUGUCGCCCAUUAUAACAAUAUGAAUUUCCAACCGGAGAUGUACAGGCCCGAGGCGGAUGAGGAAAUACCACACGGAAAAGGGGGUGGCCGGAAACGGAGUAGCGAGCAUUGCGGCGCGGUCAUCAAAAAAGAGAACAGGGGUUAG